AAGCAUCACAAAAGUCAUGUUUUUCUUCCACUGAGUGGUGGAAUAACAAAUUUCUUUCUACGCCCCUUUUUCUGUUUAAUGAGAACGUAUUUGUAGUUUCAUAUCGGGGAAAUCUGCUUAUAAAAGUCUGAUAAUUUUGUUUUUUGUAAUUUUUUACGAUGGCGUCAUUUAUUAGAUCAGAGCUGCUUACAUUUGAACUUCUUUUUUUCCUUUCCUCCAGGGAAGUUCAACCAUAUGUUUUUGCUAGCGGGUAAUUCGCUGAUGCUUUGAUGUUUGGAGUCAUCCGGACAGAGUUCUUCAGAAUUCCCACCGCCGGUAAACGCACCAUUCAGUAUGGUGGGAGAGGCAGCUUUGUUGACUCAGUUGGAGCUCGGGAUAGCUGGAGCAGGCACUGACAAAGUAGCUAGCAAAGUGUCAUAGUUCGAGCUGCCUAGUCUGAAAUAUUUUAGUUAUGUAGUUAUAUGUACCAGCUUCAGAAGAAGCUUGUUUGUCAGCAAAUACAUUCGUGCGACCGGGACAAUUUAUAAACACGCACCAUGUUAGCGUUAGCUUAUAUGAGAAGAUUGACGAGAUAAACGAAGUUCCCCUGUAGGAGUGAGAUGGCUAAAGCUAGGUUGACCAGAGGUAGCGUCAGCCAGCUUUAGUCAGCUGGCAAGCUGUGUGAAACAUGGAAUCGUUAAUAUCUCCUCAAGGAUUUAUACCGUAAAUAAAUCAGGGAUUUUAUUCGGUGAGCGACAGCAGAAAGCAGUGGUAUCUCGGCGCUGCUUUUGGAGCUCUCUGUCCAGGAUUCGGCGCUGGCCUUGGAAGUUAGCAGACAGCUAAUAGCUAUCCACCACCAGGUGGAUGUUGCUGAUGGCUUCCCCGCCAGCUAUGGACACUGUGACGGACUCGCGUCCCACAGUGCACCAGAACGGGAACGCCCAUCGUGAAUCUUCAGACACAAGACCAGCUGCUCCUGUUCUGAGGCUUCAUUUCUACUACCGCAGCCAGGGAGCAGCUGACAGCGGCACUCUCAGCUACCCACCCGGGAACUACGUGGCUGAGGAGUUGUGUAUAGAUGCAGCCAAGGCGUGCUGUAUAUCACCCCUGUACUACAACCUUUUUAGCCUUUUUCGAGAGAGAGACAACUUGUGGUUUUCUCCCAAUCACGUCUUUCGAGUUGAUGAAUCGACCUCUGAAGAUCUGAUUUUCAGAAUACGGUACUACUUCCCUGGCUGGUACAGUAGUGGUGCAUCGCGAGCAUAUCGAUAUGGGGUCAAGAAAGGGUCAGAAAGUCCCGUCCUUGAUGAUUAUGUAAUGUCCUACCUCUUCUCUCAGUGGAGGAAUGACUUUGUGAACGGAGUGGUGACGAUUUCCAACUCCCACGAGUCACAGGAGGAGUGCCUUGGUAUGGCUGUGCUGGACAUGACGAGGACAGCUAAGGAGAGACAGAUGUCCCCUCUGGACAUCUAUCACAAUACAAGUUACAAGUCCUUCCUACCAAAGGAUAUGAGAAAUCAGAUCCAGGAUUGUAGUUUUUUAACUCGUAAGAGGAUCCGCUUUCGCUUCAAGCGCUUCAUCCAGCAGUUCAGUCAGUGUCGGACAACGGUGCGCGACCUGAAGCUGAAGUAUCUCAUCAGCAUCGAGUCGCUGGAGAAAGCCUUCUACACGGAGACCUUUCAGGUCAGAGAACCAGCCAGCGGGCAGCUCAUCAUCCUGGUGGCAGCGGACACAGGGAUACAGUGGUGCCGAGAGAAAUUAAAAGAUUCGGAUGAGGAGCCGCAGACAUUGUGCGACUUCCAUGAUGUCACAGACAUCAGCAUCAAACAGGCCUGCAAAGAAGGCACCACAGAGAGCCGGUUGGUCACCAUCAACAAGCAGGACGGGAAGAACCUGGAGCUGGAGUUUCCGAGUCUGUUUGAAGCCUUGUCAUUCGCGUCCCUCGUUGACGGCUACUAUCGACUGACCACAGAUGCACAUCACUACCUUUGUAAGGAGGUGGCCCCUCCCAGGCUUGUUGAGGCCAUAUCUUGUCAUUGCCACGGCCCCAUUUCAAUGGAGUUUGCUGUCAGCCGGCUUCAGAAGUGUGGAGACAAGCGGGGCUUAUACAUUUUGAGAUGCAGCCCAAAAGACUUCAAUAAGUAUUUUCUAACUUUCCCAGUGGAGGUGUUUGAUACGGUGGAUUACAAGCACUGUCAGAUCACCAGGUCCGCCGCUGGAGAGUUUAACCUCAGUGGAACCAAGAGGAACUUCAGCUCACUGCAGGAGUUGCUCAGCUGCUACCAAAAAGAAACGGUGCGCUCGGACGGCAUCGUGUUCCAGUUCAGAAAGUGCUAUCCCCCUCUGUCCAAAGAAAAGUCCUGCCUCCUCAUCUGCAGGAGCAACAAAGGUUCAGAAGUGCCUCUGUCUCCGUCGCUACAACGACACAACGUCAGUCAGAUGGUGUUUCACAAGAUCAGGAAAGAAGACUUGGAGUUUGUGGAGAGUCUUGGUCAAGGCACAUUUACAAAGAUCUUUAAAGGAGUUCGCAAGGAGCUCGGCGACUACGGGCAAAUGCACGAAACUGAAGUUGGGAUGAAAGUUCUGGACCAGGCCCACAGAAAUUACGCCGAGUCUUUCUUUGAAGCAGCCAGCAUGAUGAGCCAGUUAUCCCAUAAACACCUGAUCCUCAACUAUGGAGUUUGUGUCUGUGGAGAAGAGAACAUCAUGGUGCAGGAAUAUGUGAAGAUGGGUUCGCUGGACACCUACCUGAAGAAGAACAAGAACUCUAUAAACAUUCAGUGGAAGCUCGAAGUGGCAAAACAGCUGGCCUGGGCUAUGAACUUCCUGGAGGAAAAGCAUCUUGUCCAUGGGAAUGUUUGUGCCAAAAAUGUUCUGCUGAUCAGGGAGGAGGAUCGGCGGGCUGGGAAUCCCCCGUUCAUCAAGCUUAGCGACCCCGGUAUCGGCAUCACUGUCCUGCCUAAAGAAAUCCUGAUUGAAAGGAUCCCCUGGGUGCCUCCUGAAUACAUAAACGAGCCGAUGACUCUGAGCCUGGCUGCAGACAAGUGGAGCUUCGGCACCACGCUGUGGGAAAUCUGCAGCGGCGGAGAGAAGCCACUGGCAAUGCUGGACAACACAAAGAAAGUCCUGUUCUACAACGAUCACCAGCAGCUUCUGGCACCAAAGUGGACAGAAAUUGCUAACCUGAUCGCCAGCUGCAUGGACUACGAGCCGACGUUCAGGCCCACAUUCCGGGCGGUGAUCCGCGACCUUCAUGGCCUCUUCACACCGGACUACGAGCUGAUCAUGGAUGACAUCCUGCCAAACCGAACAACAGGUGCUGGUGGCACAGCUGGCAGCUUUGAGAAUCAGGAGCCAGCUCUGUUUCAAGAACGGCAUCUCAUAUUUUUACAGUUACUCGGCAAGGGAAACUUUGGCAGUGUGGAGAUGUGCCGCUAUGACCCGCUCCAGGACAACACCGGAGAGGUCGUUGCUGUGAAGAAACUCCAGCACAGCACAGCGGAGCACAUGCGAGAUUUUGAGAGGGAAAUUGAGAUUCUGAAAUCUCUCCAGCAUGAGAACAUCGUCAAGUAUAAGGGUGUUUGUUACAGCGCAGGUCGACGUAAUCUUCGCCUCAUCAUGGAGUAUCUUCCCUUUGGAAGUCUUCGCGAUUACCUCAUAAAAAACAUGGAGCGGAUCGACCAUAAAAAGCUGGUCCACUAUGCCUCUCAGAUCUGCAAGGGAAUGGAGUACCUGUCCAGUAAGCGGUACAUCCACAGAGACCUGGCGACACGCAACAUCCUAGUCGAGAGUGAGCUCAGAGUGAAAAUUGGAGACUUCGGCCUCACCAAAGUUCUGCCUCAGGACAAAGAGUAUUAUAUGGUCCAAGAGCCGGGAGAGAGUCCCAUAUUCUGGUAUUCCCCUGAGUCACUGACUGAGAGCAAGUUCUCUGUGGCUUCAGACGUCUGGAGCUUUGGAGUGGUGCUGUAUGAGCUCUUCACACACAGUUACAAGAACUGCAGCCCUCCUGCAGUAUUUAUGUCAAUGAUGGGUAACGAUAAGCAGGGGCAGCUGAUCGUCUAUCACCUCAUUGAGCUCCUCAAAUCAGGCAGCAGGCUGCCUCAGCCCCUGGGUUGUCCUUCAGAGAUCUACCAGAUCAUGGAGGAGUGUUGGGAUAAAGACCCAACCUCACGUCCGUCUUUUAACGAGCUGGCUCUGCGCAUCGACCUGAUCAGGGACACUGAGGAGUUUUAAAAGUCAAGUGCCCUCCUCACGUUGAACCACCACACUUGAAACACUGUUGCCCUGAUUGUGGCAGAAGGAUGAAGACCAAAGCAAAGAAAAGUGGAGCGCCGUGACUUGGAGCAAGGAUCUGCUCGAGAACUACUGCCGAGGUGCCUUCCAGCAAGGCAUUUGUGUAAUGUGGAGCAGCUGAGUGGCCUGGAAAUGUUUGGAUGGUCAAACUUUUGAAGCGGAUGUUGCUGAAACUGUAUUUGGUCAAAGUUUAAAAGAAGACUUGAAGCACCUAUAGAGACUGUGACGAGACUGUUGCCAGAACUAAAGCUGCAGAAGCUUGUGGAGAACAAGUUCUCUGUUUAUGUGUGUGCAUCUGCGUGUGCGUGUGUGUGAGAGGUCCAUACAGCUAGCUGGGCUAGCUCUUACCAUCCCCUUUUCUGUCACCUGAGAAGAAGUGGACUGAUAGCUUCUUUUUUUUGUUAAAUGUGUGUUCUUAACUGUAUUAUAGCCGUAAAUUGUGUACAUAUGUCCAGAAAUAUUUUAUAAUUUUUUUAAUUUAAAUAAUGUUAACACUAUAUUUGAAAUGCCAGCAACUGCCAUUGUUAAAGUAUGUGCAUACAAAGGUGAUUUGAACAAUCUGUCAUUGUUUUCAUUGUGAGAGGUGGCGUGAAAAUAAAGAAUAUAUCUG